CAUGAAGGUGACAAGCAGCUGUAACAUUUCCAAAACACUAACUGCCAAAGACAUGGACAUGGUCAUCGGAUGUCAAUCAGAGGGCAAUAUCAAGGAGCAUCCUCUCCUGGCAUCAUCUGAGAGCGAAGACAGUAUUUGCCAGCUGAUUGAGGUCAAGAAGAGGAAGGUGCUCUCCUGGCCCUUUCUCAUCAAGAGGCUGACCUCUUUGUCGGACUUCACUGGGCCCUUGGAGCCAGAAUUGAAAGCGACGCUGUUUGACCAGCCCUUGUCAGCCAUCUGUGGUGAGGACCACACACUGCCCCGGCCCAUUCAGGGCAUCCUCACUAUUCUGUGCCGUCAAGGCCCUUCGACUGAAGGAAUAUUCCGCAAAGCGGCCAAUGAGAAAGCCCGCAAGGAGCUCAAGGAGGAGCUAAACUCGGGAGGUGCGGUGGACUUGGAAGGCUGCCCCGUGCACCUGCUGGCUGCAGUCUUUAAGGACUUCCUGCGGAGCAUACCCCAGAAGCUGCUCUACAGAGACCUGUUCGAGGACUGGAUGGACGCCCUGGCCCGGCCGUGUGAGGAGGACAGAGUGGAGGCCCUCCAACAGGUUGCAGAUAAACUCCCGCGGGCCAACCUGGAGCUGCUCAAACAGUUGGUCUACGUGCUUUUCCUCAUCAGCAAGAACGCUGGCACCAACAAGAUGGACUCAAGCAACCUGGCCAUCUGCAUCGGGCCCAACAUGCUGGCCCCGGACAGCGGCCAGAGCCUGUCGCUGGAAGCCCAGAGAGACUUGAACUAUAAGGUGAAGACACUGGUGGAAUUCCUCAUUGACCACUGCUUUCAGGUCUUCGGGGAGAACAUUCCGGCACCUUCCAGCAUUACCUCUGAUGAGUCCCUGGAGCACACAGACAGUUCAGAUGGGUCGACCCUGCAGAACGACUCAGCCUAUGACAGCACAGACCCGGAUGUGGAGCCCAGCGUUGUCACCUGCUCUCGGAGCGGGCAGCCCCAGGGGCCCACGGAGCGGCCCAGCAGCUUGGACAACAGCGGGCCGCGGGACCUGUGUGAGCCGGGCCCAAAGCCCAUGGCCAGCGUGGUGGCCAGGCUGAAAGGCUCUCUGGUUCAACCAGACAGGAGGCAUUCGGAACCCAGCCGGGCUUCCUCCCAAGAGUGCCUUGGGGGCCGGAUCACGAGUCAAAAGCUAACCAAGAGUGAGGACAACUUCCCGCAGGCAAGGGUGGGCUCUCGUUUUGAGAGCGAGGAUGCUGGAGACCCAUUUCCGGAGGAGGUUUUCCCUGUAGCAGAAGUCAAACCCCAAAGACCCCUGGGCCUGAAGGCAAAGAGUGUGACUCAGGGCCCAGCGUUCCCCCGGGGACUGUUACCGAAGGCCAUCUCCUCGGGCUCCCUGGACAGCUCCUCUGAUGGCUCCCCUGUGGUUUCUCCCUCCAGUCCCAAGAGGCACUUCUUCACCCGGCACCAGUCCUUCACCACCAAGCCUGACAAAGGGAAGCCCAGCAGAGAGAUACGAAAGCAUUCCAUGUCCUUCUCCUUCGCCCCGCACAAAAGAGCGCAGGCCAAGGGCGCCGGCGGUGGGUCUGGGACGCACAAAGGCCUUCCCGCGAGUCAAGGAAAGAAGAGUGGGAAGAAAGACAGCCAGCUCGCUGGCCGCAUCAUCCAGGCGAGCUGGCCCGAAACCCACAGCCACACGGCUCUGCACUUGGACUUAAGAGCCCAGGGCUUCUCCGUGGACGAUGUGUUUCGACAAGUGGACCAGAGACUCCCUGGAAGGCCGCCGUCUUAUGAAGAGGCGGUUCUGGGUCAGCCUUUGGAACUCACGGCCUACACGAGCCAAACGGUUGGAAGCAUGAGAGCACGAAUGCUCAGUCAAGACUCCACGCAGCCAGCUCUCCACCCGACUCACCAUGCAGGGGACUCGGGAAACCCCUGCCACCCAGGGCCACCGAGUGGGCACAGGCUCUCUCCCGUGACUGGCCGUUGGAAAGGAGGCCGGACUGUGUGUGCGUCCGUGGAAACCGAAGCAGACGUGGCUGUGCCUGGGAGAGCUGCCCUCCCCCGGCUGAGAACUGUGUCUGAGUCCUUGGAAAAGAGCAGGCGGGACUACUUCGUCCGGCGCUGCAGUCAGCCAGUGCUUGAGGCUGACCGGUUCCCAUCUGCUAGAGAGUCCUACAUUUAGAGGCAGCUAGGGCCAUCCCCCGGGACAGAGCUUGUGGUGUCUCUGUAAAUAUGUGACUGUGUAUAGACUUAUUUUUAGGUUCUGGGUUCAACAAAGUCAGGAAUAAGCUCCUUUAGAAAAGUCCUCGAUGGGGACACAUGUGCGCGGUGGCGCUUGGGUCCCGUCUGCGUGCCCCCGAAAUGUGCAAUAUGUGAUGUCAUGGACAAGGCGGGAGAGGCCAAGAAUGGGGGCAGGUCCACGCAUGUAUAUUUGCUGGUGUGCUUGAGGUGGAUUACGUGGCUGCCCGCCCUCCCAGGGCACUUGCUCAUUGGUUAGGGUUUACCAGUACUUUUUUCUUCUCUUCAUGUUGUCUCACCUGGCACACCGAUUGCCACAGCUCCGCUUAGGGACUGACGUUUAAAGCUCUGUGAGUAGUUGAUGUGGAGGAGCAGCUCCCGGGUUCUUAAUCACCACGGUCCAAGAAAGAGGGUGGCAGUCAGGAACCCCAGCUCCCUGUUGGAAGCGCUCACCACCAUCACCAACGCCGAUGAAGGACGAGGCCUCCAUGGAAGUUCUCCAACAUGUCUUUUCAUCCUCAAAUUACGUGCCUUCCAUUCCGAUGAACCCACUUAUAGCUGUGGGUUUCUCUGCGGUUCAGUGACGCCAGACCUCAUAGUGUGCAGGUGACCAGUAUCUGUGUAUUUGGGGGUCGUGUAAAACUUCAACGUGAUUGCACUACAAUAAAGCGCCUUCCUUAUGUGAAAGUAUAACUCUUCGUUCUUCCCUGAUACCCUGCCCUCCCUUCGGUUAAUAGGCGUCGUAUGCCAGGAAAGUUGUUGUUUGCACAUUCCUUCAUCAGCAUUGAUGGAUACUGUGCUCCUUGUUUUGAGUUUCAAUAAAACUGGGGAUCUUG